UCAAACCAUUCCACCAAUCAGCGAGUGGCGCUGUACUACUUCCCUCGUGCGGCAAGAUGGCGUUGAGAGAGCUCUCUUCGUUGGAGAAAUUCCUGGGAUUAAAAAAAACAAAUAAAUACAGUACCCAAGGAGAAAGAAAGGUCCCUGUUCUCAAGAACAACAAUGGCCAGUCUUUAGUUGGCUUGGCCACCAUCAGCUGCCACCUGGUACAGGAGGCUAAGAGAAGGGAACUAUUGGGAGAUUCAGCUGAGCAGAGAGCUGUUGUCCAACAAUGGCUGGAGUAUCGAUUGACCAGACUUGACCACUGCUCUAAAGAUGAGGUCAAGUUUAUACUCAAAGAGCUCAAUCAGUACCUGGUGGACAAGGUGUAUCUGGCUGGAAAUAGGAUCACUCUUGCUGACACACUGAUGUACUAUGGCAUCCACCACAUCAUUAUGGAGCUUGCAGUACAGCAGAAAGAAAAAUACUCGAACGUGACCCGAUGGUUUGAUCACAUUCAACACUAUCCAGGAGUGUGCCAUCACCUGCCCCCUGUGGUAGUUCUGAGGAACAGAGUUUACCCAAGCGGUCAACACUGACGACCUUUUUUUGUCCUCUAAUGGAUAAUGCAGAGCAGUCCCAUCUAUCCUUUUUUCUGAUGCCCCCUGCUGGUUUUGUUUUCUAUACUGAUUAGACAUUGGGGCAAUUCAGACCACUGGGACAAGAGAAACAUUUUGUUGUUGUUUUUUCCCCUUUCAGUUGUGUUCAUGUACAUGUUGGGCAGUUAGGCUGCUGGAGUUAAUACAAUUAUUAGGCAUAUACUACAUAAAUAUGAAGAAUGAAGCAAGAGAAAGAUACAUAUGCAGCUAGAGCCAGCCAGACUGCACAAGAUGUACCGUAUUCCUGUUUAUUUCAGGUUUUAUUUCCGCUCCCUUUAUACAUUUUCUGACUGUUUUCUUGUUUUUGGCUAUUCAGUUUUCUCCUCCUCAUCAUUUUUUCUCUGAGCAGCAGUAAUAAUACUUGUGUGGGCAGUAUACAGUGCUUAGCCUGGCAUACUGAGUUUGUGCUCUGGGGUAGAGGGCAGGCUACCAGCUGCAGCAGGCAAACCAGUGCCAAUGCUGCUUUCUCUUCUAAGUAUCUCCACAGCCAGUUGCCGGGAGCAAAUGCACUUUAUUUCAUCAUUUCACCAUCAGUCUCCCACCCUGGGCUAGAAAAUCCCAUCGUGGCACAGACGUGGGGUUUCAGCUCGAUCCAAUUGAUUACCAGCCGAAACACUAACAAUAUCACAGAUUUGGAUACAUAUACAGUAUUUUAAAUAAGGCAGUUUGUUUAAGGAACCGUAAUAUUUUGUCUGUAAAUGGGGAAAAAAAUGAAAGGAUUGCUUGUUUAGCCACAUUUCUUAUUAUUUUUUUAUCAUUAUUAUUACUUUUAUUUAAGUCAAUUUCUUCUCUGUGUGGAAUGUAACCUUUGUCCUAGCUAUUUAAUUUUUUUGGGGGGGGGCCCUUAUUGCGUGUUGAUCUCUCUGCUGUUCAUAUACUGACAGUAUACUGCUUUUAUUGUAUUUGUUAACUGGCUUAUAAUGAAUGUUGUGCCAAUAAUGUAAAGAAUUUCAUGUGUUCUAUAAAUGCUCUUGCCACUGA